AGUUUAUCUCCACACAAUCUCCAUUGCUCCAAAGAGAAGGAACCGGAGCUAAACCUAAGAAAAGAUGGCGUCUUAUCGUGGAGGAAGCCUCUUCCUCCUCCUUGUGCUCACCCUUCUCGUGCUUCAUGCCAGUGCUGACUCUCGCAAGUUGCUGAGUGAUCAGACUCUUCACACUCCCGAAAAAGGAGUUGAUAAGGCUCCAGUCGAUGACCAAAAGUGGUUCCACAAGGGUUUCGGAGGUGGUCUGGGCGGCGGCUACGGUGGUGGUUACGGCGGUGGCUACGGUGGCGGUUAUGGCGGUGGCCUGGGCGGCGGCUACGGUGGCGGCUUAGGUGGUGGAUAUGGCGGUGGUGCAGGUGGCGGUUAUGGCGGUGGCUACGGUGGUGGUGGUGGCUACGGUGGUGGCGGUGGGUAUGGUGGUGGUGCAGGUGGCGGUUAUGGCGGUGGCUACGGUGGUGGAGUUGGUGGAGGGUACGGCGGUGGUGCUGGUGGAGGCUACGGUGGUGGCGGUGGCUACGGUGGUGGCGGUGGCUACGGUGGUGGCUACCCUUAGAGAAUCAAAAUGGCUACUUCUGAGCUAUGACGUAGUGCGUGAACUGAAGCUUUCGAUUAAGAUGAACCGAAUAAAAUGACAGCUGUGCUGGUUUCUGUCUGUUUCUUGUGUGUAACUUUUAUGUAUUAUGCGUCUGUACUUCUAUGUUGCUGUAUCAAUUACUUUGAAGAACGAUAAUUGAGUGUGUGCUUUAUGAUUUUCUUCUUA